GUCCUGCAAACUCGGCCAUUGUAACAUACCACGUACAGUACAAAGUAAAGCAGAGACAAUUGUUGAAAUAAAUUAACAUGGCUAAGUACAUGAGCUACUUCAUUGUUCUUGCUCUCCUAGCACUUGUCCCUCUAUGCUUCUCUCACAAAACACAAGGUGGGUAUCUUUACCCCCGUUUUUACGACCACUCCUGCCCACAAGUGCAACACAUAGUUAAGUCUGUUGUUGCUAAUGCGGUUGCAAGGGAACGAAGAAUGGCUGCUUCCUUGCUUAGGCUCCACUUCCAUGAUUGCUUUGUGAAGGGAUGUGAUGCAUCAUUGUUGCUAGACAACAGUGGAAGCAUAGUCUCGGAGAAGGGUUCCAACACUAACAGGAACUCAGCUCGAGGGUUUGAGGUCAUUGACGAGAUCAAGGCAGCAGUAGAGAAAGCAUGCCCACAUACUGUCUCUUGUGCAGAUAUCCUUGCUUUAGCUGCCAGAGAUUCAACUGUUAUCGCUGGUGGACCAAACUGGGAAGUACCCUUAGGAAGAAAGGAUGCAAGAGGAGCAAGCUUGAGUGGAUCCAACAACGACAUUCCUGCUCCUAAUAACACAUUUAACACCAUUCUUACCAAGUUUAAACGACAAGGUCUCGAUCUUGUUGAUCUUGUUGCUCUCUCAGGUGCUCACACAAUAGGUAAUGCAAGGUGUGUGAGCUUCAGGCAAAGGCUGUACAACCAGAACGGAAAUGGGCAACCAGACCUCACACUAGACCGCGCAUAUGCUUCACAGUUGCGCAACCAGUGCCCGCGAUCUGGUGGUGACCAAAACUUGUUCUUCUUAGACUAUGUGUCUCCCUUCAACUUUGAUAACAACUACUACAAGAACAUCUUAUCUAACAAGGGACUAUUGAACUCCGAUCAAGUUUUGUUAACCAAAAAUCCUGCAUCAAUGCAAUUAGUGAAGCAAUAUGCAGAGAAUAUGCAGCUUUUCUUUGAUCAUUUUGCUAAGUCCAUGGUUAAGAUGGGUAACAUUUCUCCAUUAUUAGGAGGGAAGGGUGAGAUCAGGCAAAAUUGCAGAAGGAUUAAUUCCUACUAAAUGAGUGGAUUCCCCUGUAUUUUCUCUGUUUUGUUGCUUUAGUUGAAAAAAUGGUGUAAUGUACGUUGCUAGCUUCUUUUCAUUGUUCAAGUAAUUGAGAAAUCUAUGUGUUUUUGCUGCUUGUGGCUACUAUGAGAGAAAUUUGUAUAUCAGUAUUUCAAGAUGGGAUAUUAUUAAUUCAUUGUUGACCA